UCUGUAGUACGUGUGCUUCCCUGCAGUUAGCUUGCUUCCAGUGAGCUAACGCUACGGCUGAAUUGAAGUCAGAAACAUGGUGCUGCUUGAAAAUGAUUCGUUCCUCACGGAGCUCACGCGACUCUUCCAGAAGUGCAGAACAUCAGGCAGUGUUGUCAUCACACUAAAGAAGUAUGACGGUAGAACCAAACCGGUGCCCAGAAAAGGCCACUCAGAGUCAUUUGAACCAGCAGAUAACAAAUGUCUCAUCAGAGCGUCUGACGGCAAGAAGAAAAUUAGCACAGUGGUCAGCACCAAAGAAGUAAUCAAGUUUCAAAUGGCGUACUCCAACCUCCUUAGAGCUCACAUGGACGGACUUAAGAAGAAAGAUAAGAAAAGCAAAAGCAAGAAAACCAAAGCCACUCAAUGAGCGACAGACUCUUUAACAUAACCAUGGGUACCUAAACUGGCCUGUACAAUCUGAGGGAACGGGAGAGGGCUCCAUCCGAUCCGCACCCCGUCCACUCGAGGCCUCAGAAUCACUGUUCAUCCACCCGGUGACUGCUUUGAUAUUACGCCAUUGUUUGCAUGGAAGUGUCUCAUCCCCGGCUGUCCAGUGCCAUCGGUGACUCGGAACAGAAAACCUGAGGAUUUCUAAUACAGUACGAAGCGAGCCAAGUUUACCCAGUAUCCACCAUUUCUGCUUCGGAACCAGGUUCUCAACAGCUGCGUCGCCUCUGGAGCCAAAUCCACGGAGCCCAAUGAUUAACAGCCUUUCAUAUUAUUUAAUUGUAAGAGUCCCUAUUUAUGUUUUAUUAGCAGCUGACGCAUACGUCGCGUUGGCUCGUCGUAAUUCUCUUCAGAAGGACAUUUCAUUUUAUUUUUUUCUCCUUCGAUGACCUUUCAACAUGGGUGCUCAGAAACACGGAACUAAAUCAGAUCAGAUUUUUUUUUAUUUUUGUCAGAUUUCACUGUAUUUGAUUUUGCUCAAUAUGGGAGAUAAAAAGUUUUUAUUUUACCUUUUGAAGUACAAUGAAUAUUUUUGUGCCCCCCGUUCUGUUUGUACACGUCCACGCCAAGCUGUUAACUGGCCGUCUUGAUUUGUUAAACACCAAUUAAAUGUACUGUAAAGCUUCAGUUAAUGUGGUUAAUUCAGAGUUACCGUUUCUGUCAUGAUUGAGUUAAACAGCACAAAAAUGUUUGUAGAUUUACUGAAAGGCAUGUUUGAGUUAUGAAUACGGAGACAACGUGUUGGCUGUACUUCUAAUGUCACUUCUUCUUGUUUUUCAUAAUUACAAGGUCGGUUUCAGUACAGCCAGACCGUUCUGUCAGCCACCUGUGUUGUCCCUUCAUGCUCCUGAGUCCUGUUGUCAUGGAAGAGGACUGCAGCAGAAUUUAAGUUGAGAAAUAAAGUGCUUUGUUUAAAGUCA